AUGCCUUCAUGGUGGGGAAAGUCUUCGUCCAAAAAAGGGAACAGGAAAGAAAACAGGGAAAGUAUUAUUGAGACAAUACAGCGGAAAUUGAAAAGCACUUCUGGAGAGAAGCGCAAUGAUAAAUCAAGAGGGUCUAGGAGACAUCAUAAUGAGAUUAUUUCAGAAAAGGGAUCUAGAUCCCUUGAGCCUUCAAGAUCAUCAUCACCCUCUACACACGUCUCCCGGUGUCAAAGUUUUGCACAAAGGCCUCGUGCGCAGCCACUUCCACUCCCAGGAUUGCACCUUCCUUCUACCAAUCAUGCAAAUUCUGGAAUUAGUGUAACAUCAAAACUGGAAAGCAAUGGAGGCUCAAAACCAUCACUAUAUUUUCCCCUACCAAAACCUGGUUAUGUCUCUAACAGGGAAGAACCUGCAGAUGCUGAGGGAGAUAUAGCCACUGCAUCUGUUUCUAGUGGAAGCUCUACUGAUAGUGAUGACCAAUCUGACUCACAUUUCCUUAGUCCUGUGGCAUCUGACUGUGAAAAUGGAAACAGAACCACCAUUCACGGUACCUUCAGUGUGGCGCACAAUGAUCAGUCACCUAUUACUCUCCAAAAAAACUCAAGAGCGUCCUCAAAACCUGCUCCUCAAUUGUGCAAUCACCAGCUUAUAUCUAACUCACCUAAAAUGGCUCCUUUACAUCUGCCAAAUCUGCAAAUAGCUUGUUCAGGUGGUUUAUGGAGUGCUCCAGAUAGUUCAAUGUCAAGUCCUUCUAGAAGUCCAGUGAGAACAUUUGGUCUGGAGCAAGUUUUGAACUCUGGUUUAUGUACAGGAAAGCUUUAUUCAGAUAUAGCUUCUGGGCAUUGCUCUAGUCCGGGUUCGGGCUAUAAUUCUGGGCAUAAUUCAGUUGGCGGAGAUCUGUCGGGGCAGACAUUUUGGAUGCAGAGCAGGUGCAGCCCUGAGUGUUCUCCAAUACCUAGUCCUGGAAUGACAAGCCCCAGUCUCAGUUCCAGGAUACACAGUGGUGCUGUCACCCCUCUUCAUCCACGAGCUAGAGGUGCAGGAACACAAUUGUCCACAAGACGUCCUGAUGAUGCAAAACAACGGACUCACCGAUUACCACUUCCGCCGAUAACAAUCCCUAAUUCAUGUCCAUUUUCUCCAACCUAUUGUGCAACCACAUCUACUUCAGCACCGCGUAGUCCUGGCAUUUCAGAAAAUAUAACAAGCCCUGGUUCACGCUGGAAAAAGGGGCAACUGCUUGGAAGGGGGACAUUUGGGCAUGUAUAUCUAGGUUUUAACAGUGAAAGUGGUGAGAUGUGUGCAAUGAAGGAGGUAACCCUUUUUUCUGAUGAUGCUAAAUCAAGGGAAAGUGAACAACAACUUGGCCAAGAAAUUGCACUGCUAAGUCGCCUGCGGCAUCCAAAUAUAGUCCAAUAUUAUGGAUCUGAGACGGUAGAUGACAAACUUUAUAUAUACUUGGAGUAUGUCUCUGGUGGGUCAAUCUAUAAGUUGCUUCAACAAUAUGGCCAGCUUGGUGAAAUUGCUAUUCGUAAUUAUACUCGGCAAAUUUUGUUAGGUCUUGCAUAUUUACAUGCUAAAAACACUGUCCAUAGAGACAUUAAAGGAGCAAACAUACUGGUGGAUCCUAAUGGGAGGGUAAAAUUGGCAGAUUUUGGGAUGGCAAAGCAUAUAAGCGGGCAGUCCUGUCCAUUAUCUUUCAAAGGAAGUCCUUACUGGAUGGCACCUGAGGUUAUAAAAAAUUCAAAUGGUUGUAAUCUUGCUGUUGAUAUAUGGAGCCUUGGCUGCACUGUUUUGGAGAUGGCUACGACAAAACCACCUUGGAGCCAAUAUGAAGGGGUUGCUGCUUUGUUUAAGAUUGGGAACAGCAAGGAACUUCCUGCAAUCCCAGAUCGUCUAUCAGAAGAUGGAAAAGAUUUUGUCAGGCUUUGCUUGCAAAGGAAUCCACUAUGUCGUCCCUCAGCUGCUCAACUUCUGAUGCAUCCAUUUGUUAAAAAAGCCACACCAGAAAGGUCCGUUCUGUCUGCUGAUCCUUCAGAAGCAACACCUGCUAUUACAAAUGCAGUGAGAUCUCUGGCCAUCGGACCGGCAAAACAUAAUUUAUACAUUGAUUCAGAAGUGGCUGGUAUCUAUCUGUCUAGAAGCUUGAGAACUGGUUCAGGUUUAAGUGAUACCCAUAUACCAAGGAACGUGUCACGUCCUGUGUCUCCUACUAGGAGCUCCCUUUUGCAUUCUAGAUCACUGCAUAUGAGUGGAAGGAUGUCUCCCUCUCCAAUAUCAAGUCCUCAUACUGCAUCUGGCUCAUCUACACCCCUCACCGGUGGUUGUGGUGCAAUCCCAUUUCAUCAAACAAAACAGCCAACAUUCUCGUUUGAAGGUGUCGGUGUGAGCCAAAGGACUCAAAAUGGUCUUUAUUCACAUGGAAACACUGCUUAUCAGGAGAGAAAAAAUGAACCAUUUUGGGGGAUUCUGCAAACCGCUUAUGCUUGCCCGGAUAUAGUUUCAUCUAAUAAUGAUGCUCUUGGAAACCAUAAUAGGAGGGCUGUCCAGGGAGUUCCAAGAGAAUUUUAUGAUGGGAAGUCAUAUUUAACUGAUUGUGUGUCACUACAGCUGUUAAGUGAUCAUGUAAGGUUAAAUUCAUCCCUAAAUCUUAAUCCUAAUGCUCCAUUGCUUUGUGCCACAUAGCUGUUAAUGGCUUAUGAUCAGGAUGUUGAUUACCCUUCAAAAUCUUUAUGAGGAUGGCAUGCUCAUGGAGUGCAGUAAUUUAGGUACUCGUUGAAUGACUUUGAAGUGUCAAACUAAUUUUGGAUACCAUCCACAAAUAUGGUGCAAAAUUCUGACUUCCAGAGUGGAUACCAUAGGAUAUGCAACGUUAGCCUCGGUCUUACUGAGCAUUUUUUUUAGCACUUUUAGGUAAAUGUACAUUACCAUCUUCGGUGCUGCCUCUGUUUUAUACUUGUAUGUGAUCAUCCCAGCUGAAAAAUGGUGGUGAUGCCAAAAGCAUUACUGUCAAAACAUAAAUGUCUGUUGUACAGAUGGUUAGGAACUAAAUUA